GGCCCGAGGGCGGGUACAGGGUCUUUACAUUGUCUGUUUCUGUUUCUCUGGCACAGUCACAAGCAACCUCGGGCUGGGCGUCGAGCGUGUUCGAAAUAUCGUCCCUCGGGGACUGACAUGCGUGCAUGUGGAAAGUAGGAAGGCAGGCGCCGGCUGACCAGUGCUGUGCUUUUUCCUUUUGCUUUGGUUCUCUUUUUUGUCCCCAAGAGACAAAAUGCCGUAUAAGUGGUUGAGGUCCGAGGGACGAAGACUGCGUGAAGGUGAGCAUUUUUGCUUCUCGGACCUGCAGAAAAGGUCAGAAGCUUCGAUUGAUUCAUUGUUGGGGUUAUCCUUUUGCGCAUUCUAUGUGGUCCGGGUCAGCCCCUGGUCAUGUUUGAGUAGCUGGUCGCGAAUACAGCCGGGAGCCGGAUCUUUGCUCUCUGUCUGUGACGCUUGGUUUCAUACUCUUUUGUUUUUUUUCCUAGUCUCCCUCUCUGACAAACGCUGGAGACCGGCACUUCUGAACUUGUUUUUUCUUUCUUUUUUUUCGUCCAACCGGGUGCCUUUGAAGGCUCAUCUGGCGCAGACGGUUGGGAGCACAGCAACAGCACAACCUCGCGAAUCCGCUCCGGGUUUCAGCAUACUAUGUGAUCAUGGUAUCACUCCAGGCACAUGAUUGUCCGAGCACGCGGCAUCUGUGCCCAGUUGUCUGCGGCCAUGGCUGAUGGCACACACACACACACACACACACACACACACGCAAAGAUUCUGACACUGGGAAGACGGAAAGGCAGACAUCUAAGAGAAAUCAAGGGUUCUCGGUCCAUAAAUAUAUUCCUAGUCCGCAACC